AUGACUCAUUCACCAGACGAAACGCGAAAGUACGACCGUGGUACGUCCCCGGGUAACAACGUUGCUACCUUGGAAAAUGAUGAUGAUAUUAAACCUCCGCAUUUUCUUCACGAAAAACCACAACCGGAAAAAAUAAAACACGAACAAUGCCCAGUAAUAAAGGAGGGCGUCGCUGACAUAGAUACCGUUUCUAUAUUCCCUUCGUUCGAUUUUCAGCCGAGCUGGCUCCGUACGAAAGAGUUUUGGGACAGGUCCUUUGAAGAACGCUACGAGAAUAUUCGAAAUGAUACUAGACGUCCCCGGUUGAAGGUGAUCGUAGUCCCACAUUCGCACAAUGAUCCCGGUUGGUUGAAAACGUUCGAGCAAUAUUUUGAAUGGAAAACAAAAAACAUAAUAAAUAACAUCGUUCUUAAAUUGAACCAGCACCCUAAUAUGACGUUCAUUUGGACUGAGAUGUCGUUUCUUAACGCUUGGUGGGAGACUUCACACCCAGUUAAGCAGAAGGCUCUUAAGAAAUUAAUAAAGGAAGGACGGCUUGAAAUCACAACUGGUGGAUGGGUGAUGCCUGAUGAGGCAUGUACUCAUAUCUAUGCGUUGAUCGAUCAAUUCAUUGAAGGUCACCAUUGGGUUAAGACUAAUCUUGGUAUUACUCCGAAAAUCGGUUGGUCCAUCGAUCCGUUUGGGCAUGGAGCGACGGUACCUUACAUACUUGACAAGAGUGGUCUCGAAGGCACGAUUAUCCAACGCAUCCACUACGCUUGGAAACAGUGGUUUGCUGAGCGGCAAAUUGAGGAAUUCUAUUGGCUGCCCGGGUGGACCGCUAAGAAACCGUCGCUGAUUGUUCACAACCAGCCUUUCGACAUAUAUUCUAUUAAAAGCACCUGCGGCCCCCAUCCCUCUAUUUGUCUGAGCUAUGAUUUUCGUAAAAUCCCAGGCGAAUAUUCAGAGUACACGGCCAAGCACGAAGAGAUUACCGAACAGAAUCUUCACAGUAAAUCCAAAACCCUUGUUGAGGAAUACGAACGGAUAGGAUCGCUGACGGCACAUAACGCCGUCUUGGUACCGCUCGGCGACGACUUCAGAUACGAGUAUGACUCGGAGUUUGACGCUCAGUACGUAAAUUACAUGAAAAUGUUCGAUUACAUUAAUAGCCACAAGGAUCUGUUUAACGCUGACGUCCAAUUUGGGACUCCGCUUGAUUACUUUAAUGUAAUUAAGCAACGGCAUGAAGGCAAUAUGCCCACUUUAAAGGGGGAUUUCUUUGUCUAUUCGGAUAUAUUCAGUGAAGGAAAGCCUGCAUAUUGGUCAGGUUAUUACACCACGAGACCCUACCUGAAGAUCCUCGCCCGGCAGUUAGAACAUCAAUUGCGAACGGCCGAAAUCAUUUUCACCCUCGUUUCCAACUUCAUAAAUCAGUCUAGUGACCAUAGGCUUAUUUCUUCCGAAAAACGCCUGGAAAAAUACUAUGAACAGUUGAUUAUUGCUAGGAGAAACUUGGGACUUUUCCAGCACCAUGACGCAAUUACGGGAACGUCUAAAGCUAAUGUCAUGAACGAUUACGGCACGAAACUUUUUACCAGCCUGUACCACUGUAUCCGUCUUCAAGAAUCCGCUCUAACAACAAUAAUGAUAACGGACGAAAAGUUACACUCUCAAAGUAUUUUGCAGAGUGAAGUUGAAUGGGAGACAUUCGGCGCUCCGGUAAAGAAACUUCAUGUCUCCUUGGUUGAUAGAAAAAAGGUGGUCUUGUUCAAUCCUCUGGCAGAACGUCGAACCGAAGUAAUAACCUUAAGAUCGAAUACAACUAACGUCAGAAUUUAUGACAGCAGGACAAGGAAGCACGUUCUGUACCAAAUCUCUCCAACCAUAGAUACCCUCGAAGAUGGUAAACGCGUCAUCAGCAAUACUAAUUUCGAAAUACAGUUUGUCGCAACUUUGCCCGCUCUGACCACGGUGACCUACAAGCUGGAGGAACACACGAAUAUAUCACAUUACAGUCUCGUAUUUUGCAACAAUUGUAAUGAGAACCCGCCAACCAGUUUCGUCACGAAGAAAAUGAUGCCCGGCGACAUUCAACUCGAGAACAAUGUUUUGAAAUUACUCAUUAACAGGAACAGUGGAUUUUUGAAGCAAGUGUAUAGGAAAGACGUUAGGAAGAAGAAUGUAGUUGAGAUGCAAUUUGGAGCUUACCAAAGUGCGCAGAGACAUUCGGGGGCCUAUCUCUUUAUGCCGGAUUACGACUCGCCGGAAAGGAACGUACUUAACCCGUAUUCGAACUGGAACAGCUAUCAAGAUGACAACAUAAUUAUUGUAUCAGGACCGGUAUCCACAAAAAUCACUACUCUCUAUGCACCGUUCUUAGUACACUCUGUUACCAUUUAUAAUGUUGAGGACCCUGCACUUUUGCACGGCAUUUUGAUCGAGAACGUUGUUGAUUUCGAAAGCCCACCUAAGAACAGAGAAACAGAGCUGUACAUGCGCAUCCAAACGAACAUUCAAAACGGCGAACCGCCCGAAUUUUACACAGAUCAGAAUGGCUUCCAAUACCAGAAAAGAGUGAAAGUUGACAAGUUGGGUAUCGAAGCCAAUUAUUAUCCUAUCACAACAAUGGCUUGGAUUCAAGACGAAGACACGAGAUUGACACUGAUAACAAACCACGCGCAGGGUGCGGCGGCAUUUGAGCCCGGUAGACUUGAAGUGAUGCUCGAUCGACGAACACUCUAUGACGACUUUCGAGGUAUAGGUGAGGGUGUAGUGGAUAAUAAACCUACAACUUUCCAAAACUGGCUCCUCUUGGAACCCAGUACAACUGAAAAAUCCAAAAUACACACUAGCGAGGCCUUCCAACGCGUUCAUGAGAGACGCUUUGGCCCAGGUGAAAAAACGACCGAUUACCCUUUACCAUCACAGACCGCAGACUAUUUGAGCCGUUGCCUGAACUAUCCGGUUAAUAUUUACCUUAUCGAUACCAGUGAGGUUGGCGAUAUAGAAGUUAAGAAGUAUCAGACAUUCGUGCAGAACUUCCCGCCCGGCAUUCACCUUAUUACAAUGCGCACCAUCACCGACGAUAUUCUGGAACAAUUCCCCAGUACUUCGUGUUACAUGGUACUGCAGAGACCGGCACACAGCUGUUCUGUAGGGACCCGUUCUUUAAAAUCUACUUCGUUCACUGCUAUGACAAGAUUUAUUGGACUACACAUUAAUAAUCUCACUUCUGUUAGUUUAACCGGACCU